CCCUUCCAUCAACUAUUGACCAGUAAUUCCACAAGACGGGUCUAUUUAUUAUAGGAGGAGUGCGUAUUCCGCUCCUAUUGUGUUCUGUACCGCCUUGAAGACAUCUGCACAAAUCUUGACCGAGUCAUGGCAGCCAGCUGGGCUGAAGGCCACGCUGACAUUGGCCAAUUUGUGCCAUCCCUUUUGGAUGAGGACGACACAGACAUCGACGCAAGUUACCGACGCUACUCCAUUGCGACAAUUUACCGCACUAGCUUCCAUAUCGAACAUCGGCGGAGUUGUCCCGUUAAUCUUCUAGCUGUUGAUCUGCCGGUAGCUAAGCUAGAAUCGUGGCUAAAAAAGGUUACAAGGCAUUCCACGUUAGAUGGCGCGUAUACUAUGGCUUACCAAAAGGCCUCUGCGUCGAGGCGAAGGAAUUGCCCAGCAUGUGGCAUGAUAAUUGAGACGAUGAGAUUCUUUUGGCAACCGAGCAAAUUCAAUAAGGACUCCUUCAGCUGGAGGGUCCAUGACGGUCUCGUUAUCACCCGGCAUCCGGCGUCCAAUGAUCACCUAGAAUUUCUCACUAAAUAUGGCGACCAGUCUCUCUCCCUGUCUAUUAACCGGAAGCCUUUUGUUGGGCCCAAGUCCAGACAACAGCAUCUACGUAUACGUAAUACACUAGUUGGGAACUUUUCUGAAGAAGCAAUAUGCUGGGCGAAGGAAUGGAUUGAUCGCUGCAAUCAGGAACACACGACGUGUUCUGCCACCAACAAGGCAGCUAGACUACCUACUCGCGUCUUAGACCUGGAGACUGGGCUCCCGCACAAUGGCAUCAAGCUGGCUGACACAAAAGGGAUAUCCAGUCGAUACGUUUGCUUGAGCCAUUGCUGGGGCAAGAGCCGCAACAAGCAUCUUACGACGAUGGCAAACUUGAAAGCCAACAGGGCGUCGAUUCCACUUGAUCAACUACCUCGAACUAUGCAGGAUGCGAUAACAGUUACACGAAAGUUUGGCAUUCGCUAUCUCUGGAUCGAUAGCCUUUGUAUAGUGCAAGAUAGCAUUGAGGACUGGUCGCACGAAGCAGCGCAGAUGGCAAGCACUUACGAGAAUUCCUUCUUUACGAUCGGAGCUACAUCGGCCGGAAGCGACGACGAUGGGUUCCUCUCCCGGUUUGAUACGCACCUGAAGCUUCAAGUCAAAACAAGAGAAGGCACAUUGCAGGAAUUGUAUGUGCAGCGAGUAGCACUCCCUGAGGACAUGCUGCCAGAAUCUCAACCGCUUCUUCGACGAGCUUGGUGCUACCAGGAAAGGCUGCUUUCUUCGAGAAUGCUACACUUUACCAAGAGGGAACUCUGGUGGGAAUGUAGGAAUAAACAUGACUGCGUGUGUGGUAACAUAAGCAAUCAUUAUGGGACACGUAUGAUGUUGCUGGAAAAACCUAGAUUAUAUGAGUACAUGGCACAUCCACGAAUCUGGCGUCAAAUCGUCGAGACCUACUCUGACCUGAAUAUGACCCUGGAGAAAGACAAGUUGCCAGCUUUGUCUGGCCUUGCUCAAAGGGUACAAAACUUGAGGAAGGACGAUUAUCUCGCUGGAUUGUGGUCGCAGACGUUGGUCGAUGAUCUGUGCUGGCGGGCUUCCAGCUGCGAAGGCCGGCCACGAGAAUGGCGGGCGCCGUCCUGGAGCUGGGCAGCAGUUAAUGGCCAUAUCACAUGGGAUGAAACGAGCCUCAGUCCGCAAGGCAUCUUCAUUAAUGACGGGACCUAUGCCGCCGAUGUUGAUGUUAUUGCUUGCGAGACCGUUCAGAUUGGUGAAGAUCGGACGGGUGGAGUUCAGUCUGGCUUCCUUACCAUACGAGGGAAGCUUAGUCCAGCUAGGAUAUACUUCCUCGAGCAUAAGCACGAGCCGUCCAGAAGUAGAAGAAGCAAUUGGUUAUCUCGCAUCUGUAAAAGUGAUGAUCAAGUAAUUCUACAAGAUAAAGGGCAUGCUAGGCAUAAACCAUGCCAGGUAGAGAUUCCCACCAGCAGCGUUUUGUCGGCUACCGGCCGGCACUUUCCCUUUUUGCCUGAUACUCCCAUUGGCUGUGACUUGAAAAGUAUAACUGGCCGUCUAUUCAAGCUUCGAAUGUUUCGAAACACUGAUACCCAACCGACGACAAUAGAAAUAUUCGGAGCGUCACGAUGCUUCAUAAGCUAUAUGAUCAUCCGACUUGUGGCAGACGGCAGUGGAAACUACGAACGGAUCGGAUGGGCAAAAUUUUGGGAUAGUCUGGUCGAAAAUGUUGACUUCCCUGAGCUUUUGGACGGUGAGACAGAGGUAGUGAUUACUAUUGUAUAG